CACAUCCCAUUCUUUAAAACAUGAGAAUUUGCCUCUGCUGGAAUCUUCAGAAACGGUGCUGCAAUCCAUUCUCACUGGGUGUCUCCCAUCACAUGUCCAUCAUGAAUCAGUCCUGAUGGGGCAUGAGGCAGCAGUGAGGUGGGGAUAAGAUGUGCUGCCCAGUUUAACUCAAUCCAAGUUCAGAAGCCAUCUGUGGAGUGGAGGAAAGGGGCUAGCUUCUCCAGAAUGGCAUGGAUCUUGUGGAAAUGAACAUGGGGGAAGACAGAUGGAGUCCGGGAAGACAGUACUGAGGUUGGCAACUUCUUCCAGUCACUGUGACAUGGAACAUGGAUCUCAUCCUGUUGCAAUAAUCUCUUGAUGUGAUUUCCAGUCUCAAACAGGGGCAGAUUUUCUGCUGGUAUGAAAUCUGGAUUUCCUGGAGAUUAUAUUUGUCUCUAAGAUAGAAGUCAAUGAUUUCUCCAGGGCUCUGUUUGGAUGUAAAGGAGACUCAUUGUUUGAGCAGGGGACCCCUGCAGAAUUUCUGAGAGAGUUUUCUUCCACUAUGGGCCUGGCCCACCAAGGUUGGGAGUUGAAUGUUUCUCAUAGAUCGCUUCCAUUGAAACAAAAAAGGACAGCACUUUUCUUCUUUCAGGUCUUACACGAGCACCUGCCCUGUGGGCCACCUAUUCUAUUAGACAACUAACUAUAAGCCAAUUGUACUAGGCCAGUAGCCAAAGACAUGGUGAGCAGAACUCAUGGUGACAUAUUCAUUCAUGACUCAGAUGUGAGCUCAAGAUAAUUUCUGCUGGAUGGAACUACUUUUCUACAGGAAAAAUAAAAGGCGAUGUCUGCAGGAUGGCUAGCAACAACAUCUCCUGGAAUUCCUCCUGCAGCCCUAUCCUAACGCCCCACCUAACCAGGUUGUACUUUGUCGUGCUCAUUGGAGGACUGAUAGGCGUCAUCUCCAUCCUGUUCUUGCUCGUGAAGAUGAAUACCCGCUCUGUGACCACCACGGCUGUCAUUAACCUGGUGGUGGUCCAUGGGGUGUUCCUGCUGACUGUGCCUUUCCGCUUGUCCUACCUGAUCCAGAAGACGUGGAUGUUUGGCUUGACCUUCUGUAGACUUGUGAGUGCCAUGUUGCACAUCCACAUGUACCUUACUUUCCUCUUUUACAUGGUUAUCCUGGUCAUCCGGUACCUCAUCUUCUUCAAGCGCAAGGACAAAGUGGAAUUCUACAGGAAAUUGCAUGCUGUUGCCGCCAGUGCAGGCAUGUGGCUUUUGGUGAUUGUCAUUGUUGUGCCUGUAGUCUUUUCCCAUUAUGGAAAUAAGGAGGAUUACAAUGACCAACACUGUUUUAAAUUCCAUAAAGAACUUGUCUACCCUUAUGUGCAAGUCAUCAACUACAUGAUAGUCAUCCUGGUCAUAGCCACUGCAGUGAUGCUCUUGGUCUUUCAAGUCUUCAUCAUUAUGUCCAUGAUGCGGAAGCUCCACCACUCCUUCCUCUCCCACCAGGAGUUCUGGGCUCAGCUGAAGAACCUAUUUUUCAUAGGCAUCAUCCUUACUUGUUUUCUCCCCUACCAGUUCUUCAGGAUCUACUACUUACAUGUUGUGGCUCAAUCCAAGGACUGUAAUAACAACUUUGCAUUUUACAAUGAAAUCUUCUUGAGUGUAACAGCAAUUAGUUGUUGUGAUUUGCUGCUCUUUGUUUUGGGGGGAAGCCAUUGGUUUAAGCAGAAGAUAAUUGAUGUGUGGAGUUGCCUGUUGUGCCAUUAGCCAUGAACUGUAGUACUGACUUCUCCACAUUGGGAGGGAAAAUGGGGAGGGAAGAUAAGAAUGAUAUUUCAUCGCUUCCCAUGCUUUCAUUCAGCUGAACAGAAAGGCUAGAAUAUCAGAGCAAUCUUCGCAAUCUUAAUUUGAUCUUUAUGGAUGGACUCUGAAAGAUGCCAUUCAUAGAUCGGUCACAUUGUUUUCCAGUAUACAAUGUCUGCUUGGUCCAUCUAGGCAACAUUGGUCUAAUGGGUGCUAUAGUUUCUUUAGCUCUCUAACUUUUGUGCCUUAAACUAUGGUCUUUUCUUAGGCUUCCCACUGGACUUAGCUGUCUAGUUCUGUCACUCCACUUUCCCUUACUCAGGUUAGUGCUGGUCUAAGUAAUCCAGAUACAAAUAUGCGAACCCUAGUUGAAACAGACAAGAUACCCUGUUCCACUAAGACCUUGGCAAAAAACAGAUCAAGGGAGAGAAUAGCAAGACUUUUUUAGAUUAUUAUAACUUUGGUGAGGAUCCAAGCAUCUAAAACUUAAGAGAAAUUCAAUCCAUGGAUUUGUGUUAUAAUAAAAUUUUCUAGAUCUAUCUUUUGAAAGAUCAAGAUUGAGGAUUGAAAAUUAGCUGCUCCAUGUCAGCAAUUAUACUUUUCCUCCAAAAAUCAUCCAUAGGUUUACAAAACACAUCUCAGUACAGGUGAAACUGAAACUUUGAGGAUGUUUCUGAUCAAUGGGAUUCUGGGUAUUAAAAUAAAUUCCCAAGGAAGGUGAUUAAAAUGUUUUCCUUUUUUUUUUUUUUUUUUGUCCUGGUUAAAGUCAACUUAGAUUUUUUUUGAAGACAGAAAAUUUGUACUGAAAUUUUUGGGGCUCCAUUCCAGUCUUAAAGAUUUGCUUUUUAAAAAUAAAUGACAACUAUACUGUUAAUAAAAGAAUUUAUGUGAAAUAUAAGAUGAGGUUGGAUCAGAAAGAUUUCCUGAAUAUUUGUGGAAUGCACAAAUCAAUGUACUUGAAAGUAAUGAAAUCAUAAUUCUGUAAACUAUGAAAUAAUUUGUGGUUUUCAAAUUCUGAGCAAUAUUUUGCAAUUUCAUUAAUAACAUAAUGUGCAGCAUAUUAAACUAAUUUUACUUCAAGAAUGUCUAUUAA